AUGUCUUCGGAAUCACGGUUGUACACAUUUUCACCUGAGACCAAAGAGAAGCUGCGGAAGUUUAGAUUAGGGACUUCAAGAGCAAAGGACCCCCAAGCGGUGAUCUACCAGAUCGAUAAGCACACCUUGGAGAUCGCACAAGUCGAUGAUGAAAUUUAUACCAACAUGCAAGAGUUAGCAGACGAGCUGCCAGAUCACUCGCCACGCUAUGUUCUGCUCAGCUAUCCCCUGAAUCUGCCAUCUGGUCGUCUUUCGGUACCCUAUGUACUGCUCUACUAUCUCCCGGUUACCUGCAAUGCGGAACUACGAAUGCUCUAUGCCGGAGCAAAGGAGUUGAUGAGAAAUACCGCAGAAACGGGGAAGGUCAUUGAGAUGGCCGAGGCUGAAGACCUGGAGAAGAUCGAAGAGAAGUUAGGUGGCGAGCAAUAG